CUUUACCCCGAGCGGCGGCCAUCAGAGCAGCAGCAGCAGCCGAAAAUGGGUAAAUUUAUGAAACCCGGGAAAGUUGUUCUGGUGCUUGCCGGCCGUUACGCUGGGCGCAAAGGGGUCAUCGUCAAGAACAUCGAUGAUGGGACGUCUGACAGGCCUUACAGCCACGCCCUGGUUGCUGGUAUCGACAGGUACCCACGCAAGGUCACAGCCAGGAUGGGCAAGAAGAAGGUGGCCAAGAGGUCCAAGAUCAAGUCCUUUGUGAAAGUGUAUAACUACAAUCACCUGAUGCCAACCAGAUACUCUGUCGAUAUUCCUCUGGACAAGACCGUUGUAAACAAGGAUGUCUUUAGGGAUCCUGCUCUGAAACGCAAAGCCAGACGGGAAGCCAAGGUUAAGUUUGAGGAGAGGUACAAGACGGGAAAGAACAAAUGGUUUUUCCAGAAACUCCGAUUCUAAUCUGUAAUGUUCUGCCAAUAAAUAUUCCUUUC